UUUGAAAUACACGCCACCUGUGAGCAGAGGUCUAUUUCUGAAUGUGAAGAAGGAUGGGGUGGAGGAUUUAAUGUGGUGAAUUUGAUGAGGUUGUAAUGCUUAGGAAGUGGAAAUGAACUAAUUCUUAAUCAAGAUCAGCAUGGCCUUUUCACAGAUGAUGCUUUGUAAGGUCCCAGCAGCAGCUGCAGCAGCACACUACAGGUCUUUCAGUGUUUCAGCAGCUGUGGCGGCUAUUCAGAAGUUGACUCGAGUAAGAGUGGUGGACAACAGCCCUCUUGGGAACACCCCCUAUCACCGUCCUCCUAAAGUUAUUCAUGUAUACACCAAGAAUGGAGUGGGGAAAGUGGGCGAUAUGGUCUUAUUGGCCAUCAAAGGACAGAAAAAGAAAGCACUGAUCGUGGGACACAAAAUGCCUGGAGAACGGAUGACGCCUCGCUUUGAUUCCAACAAUGUGGUUUUGAUAGAGGAAAAUGGGAACCCCACAGGAACACGGAUUAAAGCUCCCAUUCCCACACACUUACGCAGAAUGGAGGGGGAUUAUUCAAAGUUAUUAGCUAUCGCACAGCGAUUUGUUUAGUUUUGUGUUGUGCGUUAUUAUGACUGGAUUAUUGAGAUGUUGGAUUAUUGUUCAUAACUUCCUUAUUAAAGUACCUGUUGUGGUUUUAAAAA